CGGACAGCAAUUGUACUGCGCUCGUAUGACGGGUACACCUACCACCACGACGACAUCCUCAACCUCCGCGCACUAAUCAUCGAACUCGGUCUCAACACCGGCGGCCAAUUCGACAUCUUCAUCCUUCAUCAAGUCAAGGACGGUGCAGCAAUCUUUGCCGACGACGAAAUCUGGACCAAUAAAGCACGGGACGCGGUUCCGGCUGAGUUUGAAGGAUUCGUCGAGUUGUGGUCUGAGAUCCAGAUGCGGGCACUCUACCCUGGGCUCGAUGUCGUCGACGAUUGGCACCGGGCUGGACACAUUAACGGUGUCCAUCGGGGGAAUCUGGCGCCGUUGCAGUGGUUUGCGACACGGCAUCCGGAAUACGACUUCUUCUACAACUGGGAAAUGGACGUUCGGUAUAUCGGGAAUUACUACGAGCUAUUGAACAAAGCCGAGGUGUUUGCGCGGGGUCAGCCGCGUGGGGAGAUGACUUGGAAUAACAGCCAACAUUGGAUCAUCGAAGGUACGCAAAACUGGUCCCCACCAUCGACAACUCCAUCCAUCGGUAUCGGUGAAGAAGCCGAUCUAAUCGCUUUCGACCCCAUAUUCGACCCCAUCAACAGCGGCUGGUACUUCGAAGACGACAUCGUAAACUACCCCUCCGCCCGCUCAACCCCCCGCCGCGCCUCAAUCAUCACGAACGCCCGCCUUUCCCGUCCUCUCCUCCUCGCCCUCCACGCCGAAAACUCCCUCGGGCGCCACAUCCACUGCGAAGCAUUCCCCGCCAGCAUCGCAUACGCCCGACACCUGAAAGCCGUGUACGUACCGCAUCCCGUGUUCUACGAGCACGAUGUGGAUCGGAGGGAGUUGGAUACCAAAGUUAAUGAUCAGAGGUUUUUCGGGCAUGAGUGGGAUAUGAAUCCGAGUACGUAUUAUUAUCGGGCGGGGUUUGCGAAGACGGUGUAUCGGGGGUGGCAUGAGCAUGCGGAGACGUGUAGGAGGGCGGUGUUGUUGCAUCCGAUUAAGGAUGUG